CUACCUUACAGAAAAUUAGUACAAAAAUUCGUAUUUUAUUAGUCGUUUUCUCAGCUGGUUUGGAGUUGGUUUACUGAUCAAGAAACUCGUCGGGAUUCGGUAUGUUAUGAUUAUGUAAUGUUUACAUGUUGAUGUGUUAGUAAUUUAUAUGUCUGUAUUUAGUGAAUUGCGGUUAUUGAAAAUAUGUUAUGAUAUAUUUAGAUUAAUUAUGAUAUGAUAGAUGUUAGUUAAUUAGUUAUGAAUUUAGAUGAAUUUGUUUAGUUUUCUCAUGAUAGAUCGGGAGUCGGUAUGUUAUAAUUAUGUAUUGUUUACAUGCUGAUGUGUUAGUAAUUAUAUGUCUGUAUUUAGUGAAUUGCGGUUAUUUGAAAAUAUAUUAUGAUAUAUUUGGAUUAAUUAUCAUAUGAUAGGUGUUAGUUAAUUAGUUAUGAAUUUAGAUGAAUUUGUUUAGUUUUCUCAUGAUAGAUCGGGCUUCGGUUUGUUAUAAUUAUGUAUUGUUUACAUGUUGAUGUGUUAGUAAUUAUAUGUCUGUAUUUAGUGAAUUGCGGUUAUUGGAAAAUAUAUUAUGAUAUAUUUAGAUUAAUUAUGAUAUGAUAGAUGUUAGUUAAUUAGUUAUGAAUUUAGAUGAAUUUGUUUAGUUUUCUCAUGAUAGAUCAAUUACAUGCGUUUGUUUAUGGGUUUGGAUGAUAUUGUUUUUGUAUCCCUAAUGUACUAAUUAUAUACUAUACUUAAUUAUUAUAAAUUGCAGACAUGGUUAAAUUUAAGAAGUUUCGGCUUAUUAUUCGGUGGAAUGGUCGGGUGACAAACUCGAACAUUGGCAUCGACUAUGAAAAUGGCGAAUCCACUAUGCUAAAAAUUGAGUCGAGAUUCUCGUGGCAAGAACUCCAUGACAUUUGUGCAGAAAGGACUUUUACAGCGGGCAAACUUUACUCAAAACUCAACCGGACAAUUUCCUCAUAAUUACUUUACCCACAUCACAAGCCACAAACUUUACUCAAAACUCAACCGGACAAUUUCCACCACAGGCUGAGGUGAGGGACAAAGAGAGGCCCCUCCUUCCCUCCUGUUUUUGUUCUCAAAAAUAUACUCUCAAUUGGUACCUUCUCUCGACGCGACUUAAUGAGGGAAGCUUCCAUUAGCGGCCGAUUUUAUUAUUGUUAUUACUUUGUGGUUUAUGAUUUGAUUACUUCAACUUAGUUAAAACGUGUGAUUGGUGGAGAGCAUGUGGGGAAUCAUUGAGUUGAGAGAGCCUCAGCCACAAUGUUUGUUUACGGUUGUAAUUUGGUUGUGUUUUCAAUUUUGUAUAACAAAAACGUAAUAAUAAUAUAUAAAAACUGUUGAUUAUUUAUUUAUGGUUGGUUUAUCCUCCUCCUGUCCUGUCCUGGCCCCCAAUUGUUUUGUAGCCGCUAAUCUGAUUCCAUCUAUUGGUUUUGCUUCGUACAGCAAUACUAUUAUUACUGUUACCAUUAAUUAUCCAACUAUCCAAGGGGUUAGGUCCAGGGGGCUGAACAACAGAGAGAAAUAGAGUCGUAUUUAGAAAUAGAUUUAAUCACGUCGUAUUCAGUAAUUACAUACAUCCCCUUCAAUAUAUCAUGUCUAAGUAGUCUUUUAUAGAUUGCUCAAUUUCUCAUGUAGUUAAGAGUUGAAAACUACUCAUAGCUAAAAUAAGGGUCAACAUCACAAGCAAAUAAACGAACAUAUGAAGAUUAAAGCAAUGAAAUUGAUCUCCAAGAAAUUUAAACUUCAAUAUUAUAAUUAUUGGAUUGAAAGUUGUUUGAGCUUUAGUUAAGGACUGAAUUUUGUAUAUCUAAAAGAAUGAGAAUUUUUUUUAGAUUGGCGAGUAGAGAAUUCAGGAUCUUCAAUGCUAGGUUUCGGUUUGAUUAUACUGAAUGGCUAUUCGUCGCUAUAAAAUUCAAUUUUAUCUCCCUAAAACAUAACAAAUUGACAUAUUCACCCCUCAACCAACUUCAAUUUUAAACCCUAACUAGAAGUUGUUGCCUGCUCUACUCCGGCCUCCCCUGCUUCGUCGCUUCCCUUGCUCACCCCCAACCUGAGCAGCUCCCCGCCGACAGAACAAAAAAGACGACGCUGUGGGGAAGACGACUCAUCCCCAACCCGAGCAGCUCGGCAUCGACAAAACAAAAAAAAAGGCGUUGUGGGGAAGACGGGCAGAGGGGCUACUCGUCACUCUCCCUCGUACAUCCGCUGCCGGCAGAAGGGUUUAGGGGUGUUUUAUCAAAGAUGAUCCCACUGGGAAUUAAUUGGAGAGUAAGGGGAUUCUUGGAAUUAAUUGGACCAGGGACAGGAGAAAUAAAACAGGAGGUCGUUAGUGUUUUUGUUUCCAGUGGAAUUGAGGGGGAGCGUUGAUGAUAUCUUUGGCUGAGAAAGAAUGAGUUUUUUUAGCAAUAGAAAAUUUGGAUUUUCUGAUAACUAACCACCCGGCACCCGCAACGAUUUGAUAGAGUUUGAGGAGAGUUGAAAUCAAUUUGGAUAUGCAAAACUUGGAUUUAACUCAAGCUCCACCACCAUUGGUAUGGACUGCAAAUCGCACAGCGGAGGCCGACAACUAGGGGUGUGCAAUGGUCCGGUUCGUACCGGACCAAACCAAAGUUUGGAGUGGACUGUACCGGACCUCAUUAUACUCGGUCCGGUUAUUGGUCCCAAUGAAUUUUACUAUUACUGAAGAAAUGAUGGAUCGAGCUAAUUUUUGGACCGGUCCGAGCCGGACCAAAUGGACCGAAUGCAAUGAUGGUCUGGUCCUUGGUCCUUAGAUGUCUUGAACUAAUGGACCGCGGUUCUCAUGAGUUUGGUCUGGUCCGGUCCGGCGGUUCUCAUGAGUUUGGUCCGGACCGUUGCACACUCCUACCGACAACGAGUCGAUGACAAUUAUUUUCCCCGAUAAUUUAUAAAUUUAUUUUGAAUUU